UAUGGUCAUGGUAUCACCUAGAAAAGAGGAGUGAUGUUCCGUCGGUUUCAUGAAGGCCUUCGUGGAACCUAUCUAAAGUUCGAAGGUGUAGAAUGACGGUACUUUAUAAUUUCACUAGUUAUUAAAGUCAAAGUCACCAUUCAAGAUCCAAUCGGGUUAAGCGAAUCCAGUCGGGUUUCGGUGCGGAGCAGAGAACUGAGUACAAUUCGGGAUGAGGCAAUGCUAAAGUUUAGCUAAAUACUGUCAUUGCAUAAUGUUUUUAAACAGAUGAAACCGGUAAAAGAAUUAGUAGACGUAGCCACCAAGCUUGAAACUCUAGAAGAUUUAGUUCAGAACUUACAAGAUAUUAUUGUGGACAUCACAAAUGUGAUAAAGAAAUGUUCAGCAUGGGUGGAUGAGGCAGAGAAUACAACCUACCAAGACAUCAAACAAAUGUUGGUCUCCAAAAUGUAUCAUUACAUUCAGCAUCUUUUUCAAAUAGCGUGUGAGAGAAACAAUACGCUUUCUGAAUCUGCUAUAACUGAAGAACAAAUGAAAACAAUUUCUCAAAUGGAAACUGUUAACUCCGAUAUGAAAGGAAGCUUUGAUUACAAAAGAUUAGACGAGAAACUAAAAGAGAUUACUGCAAGUGUCGAAUCCCAAUCAGAAAUGAUUGAUAUCUUGCAAGAAAGAAACGAAUUACUAGCAAAUGAGAAACUACAAGAGGUUACUGUAUGUGUAAAAAAACAAUCCGAUAUUACCACAAUCUUGGAAGAAAAACAAACGAGUCUUGAAAAAGCUACCAAAAAGUUGUCGAAACAAAACCAAGUUAGAGAACAAAUCUGUGAAGAACAUUACAAAGAAAUAAUGGAAGAAUUGUCAGUAGCUAGUAGGUUCAUGUCAAACUUAAAGGAUGAGAACAUAAAACUAAGCACAGAAUUGGCAGAACACAAUAAAAAGAUUGAGGAUGUCUCGGAUAAAGUCUGCAAAGGAAUAGUCUCUGAGUUUGCCAAAGACAAACACUAUUUAGAUGAACUUAGAAAACAAAUCCAAAAACUUACUGACGACUCUGCUAAGCUCAAGCGACAAUUGGACAACGCAAAAGAAAGUAUUGUAAGGUUAAAAGAAGAAAAUGGUUUUUUUCCUAAAGGUAUUUUAGAAAUAUUUAUAAGGUCAUAUAUAGAUGUACGCAAGAAAAAUAUCAAUGUUCUUUUACUGGGACGAUCUGGUUUUGGUAAAAGUGCGUUGGGGAACUCCAUACUUCAAAGAGAGUGUUUUAAAGUUGGUUGCUCAACGAAACAAAUACACACGGAAGUACAAUGCGAAAUGAGAGAGUUCAACGGCCGAGGAAUAGGAGUUUUUGAAUUACCAGAUAUUCGUUAUGAGUCUGGUAAGAAACAAUCGGAGGCUUCGUUUCAAGUAACUAAAGAUAAGAUAGCAGAACAAUGUUUGCACGGUUUUCCCGUGGUUCUUCUUCUACUGAGGUUUAGAUGCAGAAUAACUCAUGAAUAUUUCUUUUUGAUUGAUAAUUUUAAGGCUACAUUUGGUCAGAACUCUUUAAAAGAUUCCGGUAUAUUAGUCAUGACAUGUGGGGAUAGUUGGAAACUAGAGUUCGAGGAGAAGUCAUUUCAAGAUUGGAUACAACAUCAAAGUUAUUUUAAAGAAAUAUUGACCGAGUGUAAUGGGAGAGCACUCUUGUUCGACAAUCGUACACACGUCAAGGGAGAGCAAACAGAACAAUUACAAAAUCUGAUGGAUAUGGUUGAUAAGUUAAUACUUGAUCAUACUUUUAAGUUUAAGACUUUAAACUUUUGAACUUGACAGUCCUGUCUAGAGUCUCAAUAAUAGAAACUCACUGGAUAUUUUACAAUGGAAGCCUCUGCUACACUAAGUUUUGAAAUAUUUGUAAAAUACAAUAACUUUCCUUGUUUUAGACGCUGCACAAUGCAAAUCUGAUCCUUAGUGUAUCAACUUAAGAUCGGACCAUUAUUGGCUCGCCUACUAAUUUGGACAAUGAUUAGUUCUAAUCUAAAUAAUAUAUGAAUUUAAAAAAAUAUUUUUUAACACAAUCUUUUCUGUGUGUCUGUAAUAGAUCUGUAUAAUCAAUAAGUUCUUGCAAGGUAAGACAAAAUUGAAACUAUCCAUUUCAUUGCUCAAUGGCGUCUAUGCGGAUGAGUGCACCCUUUUACACACACCGAACAAAAUUUCUCGUCAUGCAUUCGCUGAGGCGACUGCCUCGUUUUGUCUUUCAAUCUCAUGCUUCUGAAAUCCCCAAUAGGAGCGAACUCAACUCCAAAAAUAGAUAUGAAUGGCCAUUUCCUUAAUUUUUGUCAAUCAAGGUACAUAAGUCGAUAGAGAGGAAUGGUGAAAGACUGUCAACAUUUCUUGUCUGCUGCCCCAACGGUCCAACUAGGUACAUAACUGGACAGCACAGUUUCCAAAGAUGCGUCACUGUCUAAGGAAACAGACAACAGUCUUUCUAUGGCCAACAGCUCUUUUGAUCACCUUCCAUUGAGAAUAUGGAAGACUAUGUCUCUUCGCCUAUCAAUACUUUUUUUUUUUAUAAAGCUGUAGUUCUCACCAUACUUUGUAUAGCUCUGAGACCCGUGUGCUCUAUAGAAGGUGAUUAUAUAAAAGGUGCCUUCUCUAUAAUGUGCAUUCGCUGACAAGAGCUUACCAAAACAUGUUAUGAUGGAAGCCGGUAUGGACGGUGGAAUAUCACUAGUGACAACUGGACAGGUGCGCGGGGUCAGACACUCAUUUCGCAUAUAGAACAACCGCGUAACAGUGGUCCUUCCGGAAGCGCUAUAAAGUUCAACUCAGUCGCCAUUUUGCCCUCACUGACAUAAAGGAAAAGGUUUGCAGCAGUAUACUUUUAAAAGUGAUAGUUCAAGGUAUUUCAUAAAUGCAUUUAGAACCCAAAGAAAAAGCUCUUGCCAAAGACAGUCUCAGAAGACAAUAGGAAACUCAAAUAGACCCCCCUUCCGGUGGACAAGGCUCUUUGUCUGCAUUAGAUGUGAACAAAUAUAAGCAGCUCUCUACUGCGCUUGCAAAGUCACGUGAGACAUUGCACUCAUUCUAAAUCUGAAGAAUGCCAUUACUAUUAAUACAUAUCAGAAGCGGGUUGCACUCUCGCGCUUGUGUGUUUAAUGUUCUAAACAUUUUUUAUAUAUUGUAUCUAUUUUCUUUAAUUCAUUAUUUCUUUUUAUCAGAAAAGUAACAAACAAUUCAAUGAUUAAAGCCGAUUAAUUUAUGCACAAAUCAAAUCUCUUUGUUCAUC